GGGUGUUGCGCAGGGGGGUAAGCAUUUAUCGCUGGUACCAUUGAACACAGCAGAGUACAGUCAUUCCUCGACAUGACUCGGUACGUGCGAUUAGGAGUGUUACUCCUUUCUCUCUUGUACUUUGCUGUCGCCGUUGAUAGAACCAACUUCAAGACCUGCGACCAGAGUAGCUUUUGCAGACGAUGUCGUAAAGUCAAACCUAACGAAACCCCCUAUGAGGUUGUCUCCUCGACAGUAAUCCAAAAUGACUCCACCCUCCAAGCAGAAUUAUUCAACAAAGACACAGGAGUAAGCUACUUACUGCAGCUAACAUCCCUCAAAGAUAAUAUCUUUCGCCUGCACAUAAAUGAAAAAAGCCCUCUCCACAAACGUUACGAGGUGGAGAACGCCCUUCAAGAUCAUCCUCGCCAGGCUGAGCUAAAGAUUGUCGAGUCGUUGUCAAAUAACGUCACAGUGACGAGUGGUCCCAACAAAGCAGUCCUUCACUUCUCCCCCUUUAGAGUGGAUCUCUACUCGGGCGAUCAACUAGUCGUGUCUGCUAAUGCACGAGGUCUCAUGCGAUUUGAGCACCUGCGAACAAAAGCAGUGAAGCAAUCUGAAGACAACACCGAUAACAACGCCGGUAAUCCAGAGGAGACGGCUCAGUACCCAGGAGAUGGUGCCGAGGACGACCCAGGGGCAUGGGAGGAGAAUUUCAAGUCUCAUCAGGACUCAAAGCCCUAUGGUCCUGAGGCCGUUGCUAUGGACUUCAGUUUUCCAGGUGCUGAGCACGCCUAUGGUAUCCCCCAGCAUGCUGAUUCAUUGGCCUUGCGCUCUACCAAAACUACCGAUCCUUAUCGUCUCUACAAUCUCGAUGUGUUCGAGUACGAGACAAACGAGAAAAUGGCCCUGUACGGAUCAAUUCCUGUGCUCUACGCUCACGGCAAGGAACGAACGACUGGUGUCUUCUGGCACAAUGCUGCCGAAACAUGGGUAGACAUACUCCCAAGUGCUGACAAUAACAUGGUAGACAGUAUCGUCAACUUUAUGUCUGGCAAUGUCAAGAAGCCACAAGUUGAGUCCCACUUUAUGUCCGAAUCUGGUAUCAUAGAUGUGUUCUUCUUGCUCGGUCCUAAGCCCCUGGACGCCUUCAGGCAGUACACACUUCUCACCGGAACAGCCCCACUUCCCCAAAUGUUUACACUGGGUUACCACCAGUCAAGGUGGAAUUAUAAUGACCAAGAGGAUGUUGCGCAGAUAGCAGAGAAGUUUGAUUUCUAUGACAUUCCCAUGGAUGUCAUCUGGUUGGACAUAGAGUGGACCGACAGUAAGAAGUACUUCAUCUGGGACGCCCGAAAAUUCUCAAAUCCCCUGGAAAUGGUUCAGAACUUGACAACCAAAGGAAGAAAGCUCGUUGUCAUUAUAGAUCCCCACAUAAAACGUGACAACACGUACUACAUCCAUAAUGAAGCCACUGCCAACAACUACUACGUUAAACAUACUGAUGGCAAGGACUACGAGGGCUGGUGCUGGCCAGGUGCCUCCUCCUAUUUGGACUUCUUCGAUCCAAAAGUGAGGGAAUAUUUCGGUGGUCAAUAUGCCCUUGAUAAAUUCCAGGGAACUACCAACGACGUUUACAUUUGGAAUGACAUGAAUGAACCGAGUGUUUUCAAUGGACCUGAGAUAACCAUGCCCAAGGAUUUGAUCCACUACGGUGGCUGGGAGCAUCGAGACGUUCACAAUCUCAACGGUAUGAUGUACACCCAAGUGACUUAUGACGCUCUCUACAAACGAUCAGGUGGAACUCUGAGACCAUUUGUCCUCACUAGAGCACACUUCGCUGGCUCCCAGAGAUCAGCUACUGUUUGGACUGGUGACAAUGCUGCUGAAUGGGAGCACUUGAGAAUCAGUUAUCCCAUGUGUUUGUCGGUUGGAAUUGCUGGUAUGUCUUUCUGCGGUGCUGAUGUCGGUGGUUUCUUCAAGAAUCCCGAUUCUGAGUUACUGAUAAGGUGGAAUCAGGCUGCCGCUUGGCUUGCUUUCUUCAGACAGCAUUCACACAUUGAUACCAAACGUAGGGAGCCUUGGACUUUCAACGAUGAAACAACUCAGAUCAUCAGGGAUGCUAUAAGAAUACGUUACUCUUACUUGCCGUAUUGGUACACACUGUUUAGAGAACACGAAAUCAGUGGCUAUCCUGUUAUGAGACCACUGUGGGCUCAUUAUCCAGGAGAAACAGCCACUUUUGCCAUUGAUGAUCAUCUGCUUGUUGGUGAUGCUAUUCUGGUCAGGCCUGUGUUUGAGCCCUCGGUUACAGAGGUAUCUGUUUAUUUCCCAGGAGAGGGGAAGGACACUUGGUAUGAUGUAGAUACUAUGCAGGAGAAUAAAACACCAGGGGCAACCAGAAUCCCUGUUACUUUACACAAGAUUCCGGUUUACCAGAAGAGUGGUACUAUUGUACCAAGAAAAAUGAGGAUCAGGAGGAGCACGGUUCCUAUGAAGAAUGAUCCUUAUACUCUUGUUGUCAUUGCUGAUGCCGAGGGAAAAGCCACCGGGAAACUGUACAUUGAUGAUGAAUCCAGUUUUGAAUAUCGUCAUGGAAAGUACGUUUAUUUGAGGCUCAACUUCGAUGGAAAGAUGCUUAGCAGUCGCUAUAUUGAUAAUCAGGCUAAUUUUGAGACUGCCAGUUGGCUGGAAAGAGUUGAUAUCGCUAAUCCACCCAAGGGAGUCAAAUCUGCGAAACUUACUUCACAAAGUCUUGGAACUGUGAAUUUAGAGGCCAAAUACAAUACCAACAACAACGUAUUGACAUUACGUAAACCAGGUGUAAAUAUGGGUGAAGAGUGGUUCAUUGAGCUCAUAAAUUAAAUUUCAUUAAUUGAAUUUUUAGAUGUAUUUUUCCAGUUGUAAACAUCAAUUUACUGAGAAGCAAGUAAAUGUGCGCUUUUUUGCUCUUCUUUUUUUUCUGUUCAUGUAUGCAAAAAAAAAUAGAUUGUCUUCGGAGGGUUAUGUGGCAAUUAUGAUAAGAUUUUUCAUCAAUAUCGUAAAAAAAAUAAUAGUGAUAACAAUGAUGAACAACGAAAACUUUUAUUAUCUUCAUAACCGUUCAGUGGGCGCUUGUUUGUGAGCCAAAUAUAGAAAGACAAUUGAUGACAGUGCAGAUACUAAAAAUAUAACGUCAAACCAUCGAUGAUAAAAGUUGAAUUGAAGAUCACCAAGUACUUGAGUUAUUAUCAUUCUGUACUCGGCUGGCAUAUUCAUCCGCAUCAGUAGCACUGACGAGACAAAGUACAUUCCCUGAAAACAAAAAUGAUAAUUAAAAAUUUUCAACUCAAUAAAACGAGAUUAAAUGAAAAACUAGUAAUUACGAUCCCUUUUUAUUACCAUAAUCUGGGCAAGUAUCAUCACUAUAAUGUUGGAAGACUUGCUGCUGGAUAUCGCGUAAAAAAACUGAAAUUAAAAAUAAAAAAGUCAUUAAUCGAUAUACUCUGUAAUAAUAUGCUGUUAUCAAUACAAAUAUUGAUGAUAAAGA